UUGGUACAAAGAAUAACUGUGUGGAAUGCUUUGUGUGUUGUUUGGAGGAAUAGGUUGACGUUGUAGCUGAGCUAAUAGAGUCGACUUAUGUGUAUGUGUUAAAGUGGUUAUAAAGAUGUCUUAUACGAAUCUCAGUUAUUCUGGAGGUGGUUAUCCUGGUGCUCAACCACCUGCAGGAGGUUACCCUGGAGCUCAACAGGGUGGUUAUCCAGGAUCAGGAUACCCCGCUGCACAACAACCAGGUUCUGGCUAUCCUGGUGGAAGCCAACCAGGAUCAGGUUAUCCAGGUCAACUGCAACAGAUGGGUGGUUAUCCCGGAGCACAGCCUCAACAAAUGAGUGGAUACCCUGGGGCACAACCUCAUCACAUGGGGGGAUAUCCAGGUGGUCCUAUUGCUCCAGGAGUCAGCCAUGAAGUACAGCAAUGGUUUACUGCAGUAGAUGCAGACCGAUCAGGACGUAUUACUGCCAAAGAACUGAAGAGUGCUCUUAUAAGUGGCCAAGGCAAGAAUUUUAGUGAUACAGCUUGCCAGCUGAUGAUUGGUAUGUUUGACAGAGAUCGAAGUGGCACAAUAGAUGUAAACGAGUUCCAGCUGUUGUACAAUUACAUCAACCAGUGGCUGGCUGCAUUCAGGACAUACGAUAGAGAUGGCUCAGGACACAUUGAGGAACCAGAACUUAAUCAAGCUCUACAGCAGAUGGGAUUCAGAUUCUCCCCAGAGUUCAUCAAAUUCCUGAUCACAAAGAGUGAUUUGAAGAACCAUAAGCAGAUGUCUGUGGAUCAGUUUAUUGUCGUUUGUGUUCAGAUUCAGAAAUUUACUGAGGCAUUCCGGGUCCGUGACAAAGACCAUAAGGGUAUUAUCUCAAUUGGCUUUGAAGAUUUUCUUGGUGUUGCACUGAACUGUUCUGUAUAAAGUACUAUAACUUUUCAAACUAAGUGGUGAUAAGGCACAUAGUCUUGUAAGUGCUUUUGUAAUUAAUGAGAUAAUUUUAUACUGUACUUAGCAUAUCUGGUUCUUGUAUCAUAAUUUGCUGUCAUAAGCCAGAACAUAUAAAGUUUACAUAAAUGCUAAUGCAAUUUUUAAGAACUACUUUGUUCUGUAGUAGCUUAUCAACGUUCUGAGUCCGUAAAUGUUUUCAGUAUUGAUGACUGCAUCCUGAUACUGUAUAUGCAGACCCCUUGCCAGCUAUAGGGGGGGACUACAUUCUGAAAAGAAAAAAAAUUGCAGUUUGCAAGACCAGCACCAACUUCCUAGUCUUCUAACUGCCAUCUCAGGACUCUCUCAUUAUGUAGCUUCAGCAUGUACUGCACAGUAAAUAUCGCUUCCAACAGUUCUUCUGUUGUUGAGUGAAUGUCUGUUGCA